AUGGGCGCCGCCGCCGCGGCCGUCCGUUGGGUCUGCCGGAAGAAGAAGAAGAGGGAUCACAAGAAGAAUAAUAGCAUGAAGAAGAGGGAUCUCAACCAAACAAAAAAUAAGAGGGAUCUCAGAAACGGCGAGUGGCUGCCUGUACAUCACUCUACCGCCGCCGACGGCGGCAUGUCGUUCUCGUUGGAAGAGAUCAUGGCGGCGACUCGAAACUUCGGCGAGACGCGGGUAAUCGGCUUCGGCGGGCAGGGGAAGGUGUUCGGCGGCGUCAUCGUUGACGCCGACGGCAAUAACAGCACCGAGGUCGCCAUCAAGCGUGCCACCCCGUCGUCGCCGCGGCAGAAUGCCUGCGAGUUCGGGGCGGAUGUCGAGGCGCUGCGCAAGCUGCGGCACCGGCACCUCGUCCCCCUCGUCGGCUCCUGCUCCUGCAGUAAGGAGGGCGAGACGAUCCUCGUGUACCGGUACAUGCCGCGCGGCACGCUGCGGGAGCACCUGAUGACCAAGCCGGUGAUGCCGUGGCGGCGGCGUCUAGACGCGUGCAUGGGCGCCGCGAGGGGCCUGCACUGCCUCCACGCCGCCGGGGUCGUACAUGGCGCCGUCAAGACCAGUAACGUUCUCUUCGACGAGAGCUGGGUCGCCAAGCUCUCGGACUACGGCCUCUCCAGGAGCGCCACCAUGGAGUCCGACGUCCACUCCUUCGGCGUCGUGCUCUUCGAGGUGCUCACCAUGGCGCGGCCAGGGGAUAUGGUCGGUGGCCUCGUCGACUACGCGGUGGCGUGCCACCGUAAUGGCACCCUGAAGGACGCCAUCGACCCGGAGAUCAAGGACCAGGUCGCGCAGGAAUGCCUCGAGAAGUUCGCCGAGACGGCGGUGGAGUGCCUCGCCGGCAAUUGCAUAGAGCGGCCGGUCAUCGGCGACGUGCUGUGGAACCUGGAAUUGGCUGUGCAGCUGCAGUUGCAUGCUUAA